GCCGUGCCGUAUGGGAGGAGCCAGCGGGCUCCACCGCCCCUGCGCGCCGCCCCCCCCCGCCACCGCCGCGGCAUUUCGCGGCCGGCCGCCGCGGAGCAGGGCGCGGGGGGAUGAUGGAUCUGCGGCUGCUGAAGCCCCGCGCCCGCCAGCCCGCCGUCAAUGGAGGAGGACGUUGAGACCCGCAAGAUCAGCAGCAGUUUCCUGCGAGACCACAGCUAUGCCACGGAAGCUGACAUCAUCUCCACAGUUGAAUUUAAUCACACUGGAGAACUACUAGCAACAGGGGACAAGGGGGGCCGUGUUGUAAUAUUUCAACGUGAGCAGGAGAGCAAAAACCAGCCCCAUCGCAGGGGAGAGUACAAUGUCUACAGCACCUUCCAGAGCCACGAGCCGGAGUUCGAUUACUUGAAGAGUCUGGAGAUAGAGGAGAAGAUCAACAAGAUCCGAUGGCUCCCGCAGCAGAACGCAGCCUAUUUCCUGCUCUCCACCAAUGAUAAGACUGUGAAGCUAUGGAAAAUCAGCGAGCGGGACAAGAGACCAGAGGGAUACAACCUCAAGGAUGAGGACGGCCGUCUCCGAGACCCCUCCAUGAUCACCAUGCUACGGGUACCAGUGCUCCGGCCCAUGGACCUGAUGGUGGAGGCCACCCCUCGGCGGGUGUUUGCCAACGCACACACCUACCACAUCAACUCCAUCUCCGUCAACAGCGACUACGAGACCUACAUGUCAGCGGAUGACCUGAGGAUAAACCUGUGGAACUUUGAAAUCACAAAUCAAAGUUUUAACAUCGUGGACAUCAAACCAGCCAACAUGGAGGAGCUGACGGAGGUGAUCACGGCUGCCGAGUUCCACCCGCACCACUGCAACACCUUUGUCUACAGCAGCAGCAAAGGCACCAUCCGGCUGUGUGACAUGCGCACCUCCGCGCUCUGCGACCGCCACGCCAAGUUUUUUGAAGAGCCCGAGGACCCAAGUAACCGGUCGUUCUUUUCCGAGAUCAUCUCCUCCAUCUCCGAUGUCAAGUUCAGCCACAGCGGGAGGUACAUCAUGACCCGGGACUAUCUCACCGUCAAGGUGUGGGACCUCAACAUGGAGAACCGGCCCAUCGAGACCUACCAGGUUCAUGACUACCUGCGGAGCAAGCUGUGCUCGCUCUAUGAGAACGACUGCAUCUUUGACAAGUUCGAGUGCGUCUGGAACGGCUCUGACAGUGUCAUCAUGACCGGCUCCUACAACAACUUCUUCCGCAUGUUCGACCGCAACACCAAGCGGGACGUGACGCUGGAGGCCUCGCGGGAGAACAGCAAACCCCGCGCCAUCCUCAAGCCCCGCAAGGUCUGCAUUGGAGGCAAGCGGAGGAAGGACGAGAUCAGCGUGGACAGCCUGGACUUCAGCAAAAAGAUCCUGCACACAGCCUGGCACCCCACCGAGAACAUCAUCGCUGUGGCAGCCACCAAUAACCUGUACAUAUUCCAGGACAAGGUUAACUAGGAGGACAGUUGCUCUCUAGGAGUCUCAUGUAUGAACACGAGUAAACGCAAGAUUUCAAACAGUU